AUGGAAGAAACCUUGUCGAUGAUCAUCCACGGGUGCAAGCUAGCUAGAGAUCUCGAGUCGAAUCUCACAAACCUGACAGGCCAGCCUAAUGUUCUCUCCAGCUCUUGUAAUGAGAUACUGAGAGUAUUUGAAAUGUCUGCGAAUCAUUUGAAUGAUCUGAUGAUGAACAGAACGAUGAGCAACUCUUCAGCGAUGGCGACUAUGACGUCAUCUUCUCCUUUAUUACUUCCUGCUCUUCCUCCUCAACUUCACCAUCCAAUUGUUGAUUAUGGAGAGUUAUCAUUGUCGGAACCUCAUGGUGUUAAUGCAAGGACAACUGCACCAGAUAAUAAUAUACAGGAAUGGUUGAGGUCUAGUUACUCGCAGGCAGGUCAUGAGAACACGGGUCAUCAUGCGUCAGUAAACAUGGUAGAAGAUCAUGCGUACUAUCUACAGCAGCAACAGCAAUAUGAAAGUAACGUAGGGUCAGAUCUUGGCAAGGGUGUUCCAGCAGUCUCUGCACAAAGGGCGCGGAAGAGAAAAGAUGGAGCGGACAAGCGUACAGUGAGAGUAGCAGGUCCUAUCAUGGGAAAUUUGGAGAUUCCACCGGACGACGGAUUUACUUGGAGAAAGUAUGGCCAGAAAGAGAUUCUUGGCUCAUCCUUCCCUAGAGGUUACUACAGAUGCACUCACAAGAGCUUUUACGGCUGUGAAGCAAAGAAGCAAGUACAGAGACUGGAUGACGACCCUAAUACAUUUGAAGUAACGUACUAUGGUCACCACUCCUGCUGUAACAGCAGUGAAACAAGCAACACGAUACCAUCCUCUUCUUGCUCCACAAUGGUUCCUCACCAUUCAUACAUCAGUUCAUCUACUUAUAUGCAGUUGGGAGAAUCAUCAUCACCAGCCAUGAAUGCCGAUGGUAAUCUAUUGAGGAUGAUGAUGGCAAUGACUGGUACUAGUACUUAUACCACCAGCACUACCACUACCAUUACUAACUAAAUUUUCAUUACUCUUUUGUUUAUUUUUCUUUCUUUUUUAUAACCUCUUUAUUGUAAGUGGAGGUUUAUUUUUUUACCCGUAAUGCCUGGGUAACCAUAUGCAUAGAGAAAGAAAAAUCUUUUCAAAGCACGCUAGUGCAAGUGAGAUUCAAAACCCAGGCAUAUCUAGGUACAACUAAUAAGAACCUAACCAACUCAACGGUUGGAUGUAAUUUCCUUUCUUGUCAUUCAUUCUUCUCCAGGACUAGUAGUCUCCCUUUUGCUGUUAUGUUUUACAUUGAUUAAGUUGUAACUCUUUAAUCUGUUCAUUCUUUCGUAAUUAAUUAAGUGUAUUAUAAAUUUA